GUAAAACUCCAGCAAAGCGGUAUCGCCAAACCUCCUGCCGUUAACGGGUGCCAAGGGUCCGUAGCAGAUUCACUGUAGUAUCCGGAAACCAUGGAUCUCUUUCCACUGUGACUAUCGCUAGUUUGUGUUUCAAUGAUUUCGAAAGUAAAUCACAAUCUCAUUUCGGCGGAUGUAGUUGUCGUGCUAAGGAAAAGCACGAAAAUAAAAUUGAAACUUAGAGCUAAAGGUUAACGACGACCGUCAGGGAGUGGCAUGGCUAAACGGUUUGGUGGCCACGGUUUGCGAUAUUACGCGAUGAUCGUCCUUUUGGCGAUUGGCAAGGUUCAAGGCAAGUCCGGCCCGACUGGGACAUUACCGGACGCGAGCUUGGGCCCGUACAUCGAUGGAUCGCACACGAUAGAUGCGGAAUCCGCUGUUAGCGAAGAGCCACUCCUAGGAGAUUCUUCGACCGAGGAUCCUAGCUCACCGCAUGAUCGUGUAUUUUUAUCCGAUACUCCUAUCAUGGAUGCCGUCACCAUCAUAUGGUACGUGGCCACAUUCAUUGCACUGAUAUCCUUCUUCCUCGUGAUGGCCUGUGCCGAUCGCAACCGCUGUCGCUCUCGGAAACCGGCCGACGAGCCAACUCCGCCACCAACGCCGGCCCCUUCCUACAGGCAAUUCGCUCCGCCCAGCUACGACAGUCUCGAUUUGGAGAAAGAUACGGAUAGUAUUUUCAUCAUUCCAUACAACGAUCGCAGCGUGAGCGAUCAGCAACACACCCUAGCCAGUACCCUGGAAUACGUGAUCGAACAACAGCCCUCCAGCAAUCGCGAGCCAUCCAAUGAUAUUAGCAGCCACACCUCCGCCGCCCCCGCUGAAGUGUCCUCCGUCGUUGAAGUAGCCAGUGAGGUUCCGGUGCACCCAACGUUACGGUAAAAAUCACGAAACUCGUGACGACACGAUGAGCUGUCGCUGUGAAGGUCGCGUGAGCCGUGUGAGUCAGAAUCACAAAUCCGUGUUCCGCGUUGCGUAGGAUGUGACGAGGCAGCCAGUGUGUGAUUUUUGCAUCUGAAGUAGGGACUUUGUGAUGCAACAGUUUGCAGUUGAGUGGAGUGGUUGUCUAAGUUAAGGCGAGCAGUGAAAUCACUUGAAACCCACUAGUAGCGGUGUUGAAGGAGCGCCGGCCACGUGCUGGGUGGCCUUCGCCAAAGCGUGUUCAUGACAAAGCUGUGAACAACCGUAGAAAAGCAAUCCAAAGACAGGUUUAUCGAUAGUACAGGUUCCGCCGGAAGGUGCAUGGUACAGGUGCAUUGUGUAUAUAAUUAGCUUAAGUUUCGGUUACGCACGGCCAACGUUUCGAAAUAUA